AUGAAAGCAACGAAAACUAUUCCAGCAUUACUUUCAUGUCAUGCAUUGAAAGAUCUUUUACGAUCAUCAUCACAAAAAAUUUCCGUUCUAGAAGCUGAUAUUGGAAAACAAUUCGAAAACGAAUUUCGACAUGGUCAUAUUCCAAAAGCUCGUUAUUUUGAUCAACUUGAAUGUACAAAACCAUCAAAAUUGAUUCCACGUGGUUUACCGGAAACAAAAUGUUUCGAAUCUUAUCUUUCAAAGAUGGGUGUAUCAAAUAGUGAUCAUAUCGUUCUUUAUGAUCGUUCACCAAUAGGUUUUUAUGCGACGAGUCGAGCUUGGUGGUUAUUUAAAACUCUUGGAGUUGAUAGUCUAUCAAUUCUUAAUGGUGGUUUCUAUAAAUGGCUAAAAGAAAUCAAUGAAUUAGAAUCAUUCGAUGAUAGUACUCCUAUAUCACAAGAAGAAACAGGGAAAUUUACUGUUCAUAAAAAUGAAGAAAUGUUAAAAAAUUAUAAAGAUAUGUUACAUAUUGUUUCGACAAAUGAUAAAGAACAGCAAAUUGUUGAUGCACGACCACCAAAUCUAUUUUAUGGUUCAAAUGCCGGGCAUUUACCUAAUUCAGUAAAUGUUCCAUAUACAGACGUAUUUGAUCAAACAAAUCAAUGCUUAAAAUCAAAAGAUGAACUUAAACAAAUUUUUAACAGUGCAGGUGUUGAUCUAUCAAAACCAGCAAUUUACAGUUGUCAAACAGGGACGACAGCAAGUACAUUGGCUUUUGCUGCACAUAUUCUUGGUCAAGAAUCUUUAUCAGUUUAUAAUGGUUCAUUUACCGAAUGGCAACAACGUGCACCGAAAGAAUUCAUUAUUAAUAAUAAAAUCGAUACUCCUGCUGCUUAA